AUAUGUCCAAUUGAAGAAAACAGAUCUAAAAUACAUUUUUUUUUACCUCUUACCCUCGUAUACAAUAGUGUUGUACUUUUCCAUUUGUUCAUUUGACUUGGAAUAUACAACCAACGCUACUAACUUUUUUCUUUAAAAAAAAAGAAUACAGAAAAUGUACUCCUUUGAUGUUCCUCAAGGACGUAGAUUGGCCCAAGUUAUUUCGGCAAUCCUUUGGUGUUUGUUCUCUGGUGGUCCGAUUUUUGGAUUUGCUGCUUUAAAACCAAUUCUUGUUGCUGAACAUGUUUAUGAGAAAUCUUGUGAUAUUUCCAUUAACUCCACAAUUUCUGGAAUUUCCAAUUAUGCCUUGGAUCCAUCUAUGUUUGGUUCUUUGACUACUACUCUCUUCCAAGACAUCGCUGGAGUUAAGUCUUCAUCAGAAGCUAAAUGUACCGCUCAAGAUCUUAAGUUGAACAUGAUGUUCACAGUUGGUGCUGUAUUGACAAAUGUCUCGGCCUUGGCCAUCGGUAGAUUACUCGAUGUUUAUGGUCCAAGAUUCUGUGGUCUUAUUGGUGCCUUUUUCCUUUACCUUGCCUGUAUUGUUUUCAUUUAUGCUAAGGAUAUUGAAGCUUCUCCAAUAUUGUCCAUUUUAGAUCCUUAUUUGCUUGGUUACGCAUCCAUGGCCUUGGGUGGUCCAUUUGCCUACAUUUCUUCAUUCCAACUUUCCAAUUCAUUCCCUCACAAAUCAGGAACAAUUUUGGCUCUUUUAACUGGUGCAUUUGAUGCUUCUUCUGCUGUGUUUUUAAUCUAUAAAAUCUUGUAUACCAAGUCUUCAGGAUCUUUCACAAUUUCAACUUUUUUCAAAGUUUAUUUACUUGUUCCUAUUUUCAUUACCAUUGUUCAAGCAUCAAUUAUGCCAAAGGACUCUUAUAAGACUCCACCAGAAACUACAUUAUGUGUUGGUGAUGUUCCUGAAAGCUCUUCAUCCACUGAAGCUGAAGCUUCUAAUUCUGAACAUUCUCCUUUAUUAAGUCAAUCUGGUAGAAGAGACUCUAUUGGUGAUGCUUUAAAACAACCUUAUGCAGAUGAAGGUGAAGAAGCCCUUGUUAAACAUUCUGGAGGUAUCUUUGGUAUUUUACAUGGUUACUCUGCCGAAUAUCAAAUUAAAACCCCUUGGUUUUAUCUCAUGUGUGCAUUUGCUACCAUUCAAAUGUUAAGAUUAAACUAUUUUGUUGCUACAAUUACCACCCAAUAUACUUAUUUAUUUGAAUCAGUUGCCCUGGCAGAAUCUUUGACUCAUUUCUUUGAUAUUGCCUUACCUUUGGGUGGAGUUAUCUCAAUCCCAUUUGUUGGUCUUUUCCUUGAUCAUUGCUCCACUACAAUUGUAUUGGCAGCUCUUUUAGCUGUUUCAUUAGUUAUUGGAGUAUUGGGAUUACUGGGAAGCUUCAUUGCUGGAGUUAUUAAUGUCUCUAUCUUUGUUGCCUAUAGACCAUUUUUCUAUACUGCAGUAUCUGAUUUCUGUGCUAAAGUAUUUGGAUUUGAUACUUUUGGAACUGUUUAUGGUGCAAUUAUUUGUACUUCUGGUGUUUUCAAUUUCUUACAAAGUGUAUUAGAUAGACUUACACAUACUACAUUUAACAUGAAUCCUAUUCCAAUCAAUGUUACUUUGGUCGGAUUAACAUUUAUCAUUGGUGGUGCUACAUUAUAUUAUGUUCACCAUCAAACUGGUCUUUAUAAUCAAAGAAAACAAAGACAAAUGAUUUCUUCGUUGACAUAGAAAAGAAUCAAAAUACAUAAAAGUUAGAUUUAAACAUUAUACAAGUACUUGAAUAACAGAAAAAGUUUUUUUUUUCUGAAAAGGAAAGUUUUAUUACUCCACAAUAUAUCAAUAA